AUGGCACCCAAAAAGAAAGUAGAACGCACGGCUGCUUCUUCGCGGCCCAAACGAACGCCCAAACCAACCACCUUUGCCACGUCUUCAUCUGCUGCUGCACCAAAGCCCAAGAAGAAGAGCACUGCCACCAAGAAAGCAGCAACUAAGACGGCUGCUCCCAAGAAAACAGCAGCGACCAAAGUCACCAAAAAGACGGCUCCAAAGAAGACUGUGACCAAAAAGGCGGCAACCAAGGCCGCUGCUAUGAAAGCAGGGGCCAAAGGAGCCCAGAAAGACGCCCCCAAGUAUGAGAAGUGGGUUGUACCUCUUUGGGUGAACCCACUGGGGGCUGAAGGUGAAAAGAGAAUCGCCCAGAAAAAGGAACUCGAGAAGUCCAACCACCAAAUGUGGAAAGCGUCCGUCCUCAGUUGCUGGAAGCACAGCGCUCAAUUCAAAAAAGGUCUCAAGCAAGACUACGAAGAAGGAGUGGCCAAGGGCGAGUACGAACCCAAGGGCUACGAAAGAUUCCGCACGUGGAGCAUGAAAAUCUACUCGGAAGCCUGGGACAAAGCCUAUGCGAGAAAGAUUGGCUCGCUGGAGGGCGACUACAAUUACGACGAGGCCAAAGCCAUGAAGAGAGAGAUGUGUGGGCAAAUGGACAACCACGAGAUUCCUCACAUCCAUGACUUCGAAGGCUUCCUCUACUGGAAAGAAAUUGAGAAGCAGAGGGCCAAGCUUGUUACAAAGUACAAGGCAGAGUACAAGGCAGAGCAAAAGAAGAAGCAGCAACAGCAAAAGGGAAACGUCAGUGCCAUCAGCUCCCCAGUCAAGAAAGCGCAGAACACCAUCGUUAAUGCCAGUCCAGUGAAGAACGUCCAGGAAGCGUUUGCAAGGAGCAGGUCUAAGAGUCCGGAGAAGAAGAGUCCAGCAAAGAAGAUGUUGAGUAAUGAUAGUGGUUAUCAGGCUGAUAAUGAGCAGCAGAGUGUGAUGAGUAGGACGUGGGAGCUUGCUGCUAACGCUGUCGAGGCCAUGAGGAGUGCGGUCAAUCCAGAGUAG